AUUUGUGUGUUGGGGACAGACAAAACACUCACCACCCUCACCAAACAGUCUCUCUUCAACUCUAAAAUCAGGUUCUUUCUUCUUCUUCUUGUGUUGUGUGUUUUUGAUUAGUUGAGCUACUGAUUUAAUACUUUUCUGGGUUUUUACUGUUACUGAAUCAAUGUUUGAAAGUUUUAAUUUUGGAUUUUUCUGUUAAUUUGCUCAUCCCAUAUGAUGUUGUAUGAAUUUCUGGGUUCGAUGUUGAUUAGUGCAAAUUAGCUUAGGUGGAGAAUUUAGGCUAUUACCGUCUUCUUCAAAGCUAAUUGUAUAUUCGUAAGCUAAUUAGAAAAGAAUUUCAGAAUCUUGUUGUAUAUAAUCCCAAGGCUAGGACUAAUUUUGAUUCAUAGAUAGAUGCUUAGGUUUCAGAUUUAGAGAAAAUGCAAGCUCAUUUACAAGCCAAGACACAUAACUAACCUAAGGCUGAUCAUAGCAUAUUAAUAAGGCUGAAAAAUCUCAUUUUGUUGAGAACAUUUCUUUAGGUGGCAAAACAAAAUCAAUGGCUCUAGUGGUGUCAGGUGGCAAAGCAGCCAUGAUGCCGCUUCAUGCCAAUUCUCUUCCUCUAAGUAUCAACACCAAAUCAAGAGUACUAAGUGCAUCAGCAUUUCCACUAUUCUCGUCCACUCCUCACCUCCCUUCCAGAUCCCUCUCCAUCCGCCUCUCGCCGAAUGUUUCCCGGUCUCUCACUGUGGUAUCUUCUGUUUUGUCAGAGGACAGAGCUACUAACGUUAGUGGCUCUGGGACAGAUGCAUUCAAGCUGACUUACUUGGAGGGCAAUAGCUGGCUAUGGGAAACAGCUGGACUGAAAAUCCUAGUUGAUCCGAUUCUUGUGGGUAAUUUGGACUUUGGAAUCCCAUGGCUUUAUGAUGCUGCCAAGAGAUAUUUGAAGGCCUUCAAGCUUGAUGAUCUCCCUGAAGUUGAUUGCCUUCUCAUAACUCAAAGCCUUGAUGAUCAUUGUCAUUUGAAUACCCUUAGGCCACUUUCCGAGAAAUCUCCAGGCAUAAAGGUUAUAGCAACCCCAAAUGCUAAGCCUUUGCUAGAUCCUCUUUUUAGUAACGUCACUUAUCUGGAACCUGGAGAUAGCUUUGAGCUAAAUGCAAGAAACGGUUCUAAGGUUCGAGUUAAAGCCACAGCUGGACCUGUCCUUGGUCCACCGUGGCAACGCCCUGAAAACGGGUAUCUCCUUGUAUCCCCUGAAGAUCAGAUAUCUCUCUACUAUGAACCGCAUUGUGUAUGCAACAUGGAACUUCUGAAGAAUGAAAGAGCCGACAUUGUAAUCACACCGGUCAUCAAACAACUUCUCCCACGAUUUACUCUUGUUUCUGGUCAAGAAGACGCUGUCCAGCUUGCCAAACUCUUGAAAGCCAAGUUUGUUGUGCCGAUGCAAAAUGGCGAGCUUGAAGCAAAGGGACUUUUAGCAAGCCUAGUAAAGAAAGAAGGAACUAUUGAAUCAUUUAAGGAAUUAUUGUUAAAAGAGCUCCCAGAAGCUCAAGUGUUGGAGCCUAUAGCAGGUAUACCGCUAGAGAUCUUGGUUCCAUCUUCAGACAUUUAGAAAGUAAACUGUACAUGAGAGUAUACACAUAUGUAAAUAUACACAUGUGAAAUGAAACUUUUUAGAGGAGAUGUAAUAGUGGAGAAGAGGAGAGAUAUUGGAGGUAUGACUAAGGACGGAUAUUUUGUAUAUGUUGAUCUAUUUAAAGAUUAUUUCAUUUAAGGUUGGAAUAAUUAAUGUAUCAUAAUAAUAAAUUAGUGACAUGUUCCAGUUGCAAACCAGUUUUGUUUGUCGUGUGAAGUUGAAUACAG